UGUAAAAAUGGUAGUUGUUGACGCCGAAGAUAAACAAACAAUAAACGAAAAGACUUUUAGAGUAAAUGAUCCCCCGACUGGUAAAAGAGAGGUGUUAGAACUGGACAUUGAAAGCUUUCCGCCUGACAUUAAAAUGUAUUACGUUUUCCUGCAGUUUAGAGCGUUCGUAGAAAAUUCGCGUAUUUAUGCAUUUUCUCUCUCCCCUGGCUGUUUCCACAGAGUUCCAGUUUUAGAUAUGGACCGAUUCAAAGAAACCAACUCUAUCCUAGCUCUAGUUUUACUUAGUGCUUUCGUGGCAAUAGCAGUUAUUCUACUAGGUAAGGCACACCCAUAA